AUGGGCAAGAGACAGAACCGGAUACUUCCUUUCCUUGGAGACGUCACUCAACACGUCACUCGUGGAGACGUCACUCAACACGUCACUCGUGGAGACGUCACUCAUGGAGACGUCACUCAACACGUCACUCAUGGAGACGUCACUCAACACGUCACUCGUGGAGACGUCACUCAUGGAGACGUCACUCGUGGAGACGUCACUCAACACGUCACUCGUGGAGACGUCACUCAACACGUCACUCAACACGUCACUCGUGGAGACGUCACUCAACACGUCACUCGUGGAGACGUCACUCAACACGUCACUCGUGGAGACGUCACUCAUGGAGACGUCACUCAACACGUCACUCAUGGAGACGUCACUCAACACGUCACUCGUGGAGACGUCACUCAUGGAGACGUCACUCAACACGUCACUCGUGGAGACGUCACUCAACACGUCACUCGUGGAGACGUCACUCAACACGUCACUCGUGGAGACGUCACUCAACACGUCACUCGUGGAGACGUCACUCAUGGAGACGUCACUCAACACGUCACUCGUGGAGACGUCACUCAACACGUCACUCAUGGAGACGUCACUCAACACGUCACUCGUGGAGACGUCACUCAACACGUCACUCGUGGAGACGUCACUCAUGGAGACGUCACUCAACACGUCACUCGUGGAGACGUUACUCAACACGUCACUCAUGGAGACGUCACUCAACACGUCACUCGUGGAGACGUCACUCAACACGUCACUCAUGGAGACGUCACUCAACACGUCACUCGUGGAGACGUCACUCAUGGAGACGUCACUCAACACGUCACUCGUGGAGACGUCACUCAACACGUCACUCGUGGAGACGUCACUCAACACGUCACUCGUGGAGACGUCACUCAACACGUCACUCAACACGUCACUCAUGGAGACGUCACUCAACACGUCACUCGUGGAGACGUCACUCAUGGAGACGUCACUCAACACGUCACUCGUGGAGACGUCACUCAUGGAGACGUCACUCAACACGUCACUCGUGGAGACGUCACUCAACACGUCACUCGUGGAGACGUCACUCAACACGUCACUCGUGGAGACGUCACUCAACACGUCACUCGUGGAGACGUCACUCAACACGUCACUCGUGGAGACGUCACUCAUGGAGACGUCACUCAACACGUCACUCGUGGAGACGUCACUCAUGGAGACGUCACUCAACACGUCACUCGUGGAGACGUCACUCAACACGUCACUCGUGGAGACGUCACUCAACACGUCAAUCGUGGAGACGUCACUCAACACGUCACUCAUGGAGACGUCACUCGUGGAGACGUCACUCAACACGUCACUCAUGGAGACGUCACUCAACACGUCACUCAUGGAGACGUCACUCAACACGUCACUCAUGGAGACGUCACUCAACACGUCACUCAUGGAGACGUCACUCAACACGUCACUCGUGGAGACGUCACUCAUGGAGACGUCACUCAACACGUCACUCAUGGAGACGUCACUCAACACGUCACUCGUAGAGACGUCACUCAUGGAGACGUCACUCAACACGUCACUCGUGGAGACGUCACUCAACACGUCACUCAUGGAGACGUCACUCAACACGUCACUCGUGGAGACGUCACUCACUCGUGGAGACACGUCACUCAACACGUCACUCGUGGAGACGUCACUCAACACGUCACUCAUGGAGACGUCACUCAACACGUCACUCGUGGAGACGUCACUCAACACGUCACUCAUGGAGACGUCACUCAACACGUCACUCGUGGAGACGUCACUCAACACGUCACUCAUGGAGACGUCACUCAACACGUCAUUCAUGGAGACGUCACUCAACACGUCACUCGUGGAGACGUCACUCAACACGUCACUCAUGGAGACGUCACUCAACACGUCACUCGUGGAGACGUCACUCAACACGUCACUCGUGGAGACGUCACUCAACACGUCACUCAUGGAGACGUCACUCAACACGUCACUCAUGGAGACGUCACUCAACUCGUCACUCGUGGAGACGUCACUCAACACGUCACUCAACACGUCACUCGUGGAGACGUCACUCAACACGUCACUCAUGGAGACGUCACUCAACACGUCACUCAUGGAGACGUCACUCAACACGUCACUCAUGGAGACGUCACUCAUGGAGACGUCACUCAACACGUCACUCAUGGAGACGUCACUUAA